AUGGAGUUAUUUUUCUUAGAAGCUGAACAUGAAGGGAAAACGAUGCUUGAAGAAGCAUCUUCAUUGGGACAUUUGGAUUCAACAUUUCUCCUGGGAAUGAUGUUGAUGGUUGAAGGGAGACAUAGGAAGCAGGAAGCUUUAGACAUAUUGAACAAUGCUUACUGCAGAGAAAAUGGUAAGUUGAAUCUUAGAGCAACUUGUUCUAAGGUUCAUAUCCCCUUAAAUAGGGAGGGGAGGAAACUUGUACACUUCCAUGGCUUCUGUAGAUCUUGUGCAUUGCAUAAGUCUGUAGUUAGUGUGUCAGACGCUUUUGUGAAUGGAUACAAAUGA